UGCGAGUUGAAAAAGAAAACAACAUUUGUAUACGAAAAACAUAUAAAUGUCGACAUAGAGUCUUUGUCAACAAAUUUAUUGAGAAACACAAUCAUACUUUAAAUGAUAGCAAAUUACUUCAACAAUUCUCUCCAUCGUUACAAAAAAUACCUACACAAAUAAGGGAUGAG